AUGCUCAAGCACACCGGAGAACGACCAUUUCCAUGCAGUGUGUGCCAGAAACGAUUCAUCCAAAAACGCAAUCUCCAAUCGCACAUGAAAACACACAUUGAUAAAUUUCUGUUCAGCUGCUCGAAUUGUUCGAAAGGAUUUCAUCGCAGCGAGGAAAAGGUGGAUCAUGAAUCCGACUGCAAGGUUCGUCGCUACGAGUGUCACCUAUGCAAGGAAUUCUCUACUUUGCGUAAGACGAAUUUGAAAGUUCAUCUGCGCAUGCAUACCGGCGAGAGACCAUUCAAAUGCGACCAAUGCUCAAAGAGAUUCAACCAACCAACUGCUUUGAAACGCCAUCGCGAAUCUCACACCAAUCCUCGUCCAUUGAAAUUCAAGUGUUCAUCUUGCUUCAAGAACUUCGCACAACAGAAGGAAAAAGAGCAUCAUGAAACCAACUGUAAGCGUCGCGGAUACCGAUGCCAUUUGUGCAAGAGCUACACAACUCACCUCAAAGGACAUUUGAUGAACCACAUGCGAGUCCACACUGGCGAAAAGCCAUUCCGAUGUGAAAUAUGCUCGAAGUGCUUCUCGCAAAAGUCAACUCUCAACCAACACCAGAAGAUUCACAAGUCGCUGUCUGCUGUCAAGGAAUAA